UCUCUAUUUGGUAGGCACAAGGAUAGGGAUAGGCGGGACUCGGUCGAAGAAUUUGGGUUGUAUGCAAACGGCGCAGAGGGGAUCAAUUUAGACAUACUAUUCGUCUGUGCCACAGGCCAGAGUAACCACAGUAGGGAGCUGCAGAGAGCACCCAUCCUUCCAGGAGCCACAAGCUGCAUGUGGGGGCCAGCCCUCCUUCUACGGUCCCCAUCUCAGAGCUCCAGAGUAGUGUCCUCUGUACUGUCCUCCUCCCCCGGCAGCCUGGCUGCCCACCCACAUGCACAUGAAUGAAGACCCCAUUUGGGAAGACGCCAGGCCAGAGACCCAGAGCCGAUGGGGGGCAUUCGGGAGUUUCUGCAAAUAUGAUGAAGAAAAAGAAUUCCCACAAAAAACAAAAGACCAGUGUGGGCCCCAGCAAGCCGCUAGCCCAGCCCAGACGCAACAUUGUGGGCUGCAGGAUCCAGCACAUAUGGAAGGAAGGCAGCAAGUCAUCCCAGUGGAAGGGCACCGUCCUGGACCAGGUCCCUGUCAACCCCUCCCUCUACCUGAUCAAGUACGAUGGAUUCGACUGCAUCUACGGCCUGGAGUUGCACACAGACGAGCGUGUGCAGGGGCUGGAGGUGCUGCCUGAUCGAGUCGCUCCGUCUCGCGUGGGCGAUGCCAUCUUGGCAGACACCAUGAUAGGCAAGGCCGUGGAGCACAUGUUCGAGACAGAGGAGGGUCCGAAGGAGGAGUGGAGGGGCAUGGUCCUGGCCCGAGCCCCCAUCAUGACCACCUGGUUCUACAUCACCUACGAGAAGGACCCCGUCCUCUACAUGUACCAGCUGCUUGACGACUACAAGGAGGGAGACCUCCGGAUCAUGCCUGACUCUAACGACUCUCCGCCAGCUGAACGGGAGCCGGGCGAAGUGGUGGAUAGUCUGGUCGGCAAACAGGUGGAGUACGCCAAAGAGGAUGGAGGCAAAAGGACUGGCAUGGUCAUUCACCAGGUGGAGGCCAAACCAUCGGUGUACUUCAUCAAGUUUGACGACGACUUUCAUAUUUACGUAUAUGACUUGGUAAAAACAUCAUAGGCCUCAUCUGCAGUAUCGUCGAUCCAUAGACUUUGACGAAGAUCAUGAAGAUUUCUCUAUGACAAGACAAAAUGACCCCCCCUCUCCCUUCUCAUACCAUUAUAAAUGGACAAUUCUUUGUGGCCCUGUGUUUCAUGACACUAUAUUAUUGUACAUUACGGUUCCAACUUUACCCUUUGUUGAUGAAGGAAAGGACAUGCCUGCAGAAUCCACCCAUGUCUGUAAGCUUGUUCUUGGAAUUGGAACAGUUUAAGGAGAGACUAUGUUAGAGCGUUUGAGCUACUUGAUAAAUGGCCCGUCUAUUCCGUUGGUUUGUAAGAAAUGCCCCAAUGACGUUGUCUCUCAUUGAAGGUUAGUUUCCAAGACUAAAAGUAUUUAAGCACUUCGGACUUUAUGGGUUCACAGAAUCCCUGUAAAAAGGGUUCACUCCAGGCCAACUGUUUCAUAGAAGGUGUGAGUGGAACUACAGGUGUGGCCACAAAGUUUUGCAGUGUUCAUUCGUCAGAUAUCGUGUUUCUUUUUUCUUUUCAUGUUUUUUUUUUUUCGUUUCUUUUUCACAGCGACUUACUGUAUUUCAUAGCAUUGUAGUUUUAUGCAUUUUGGAAUGGCAUAUCUUUUGGCACAUAUAGUCUACUAUUUUUUUAUACUUUUGCUUUGAUAGUACUCAUGUUUUGUAUAAUCCUAUUUUUAAUAUAUAUGUACUACCAUAUGCUACUCUAACCCUAUUUAGAACCACAAGUAUCUAGCCUAAAAGCUAAUUGAAAUUGACAAUGAAUAGUUAUAAAACGGGCAACAGCAAAUCUAGUGCGCAUAUAUUCUGUUGAUUUUUUUUUUUGUAUUCAUGUAACUUGCAGCUCACUGAACCAGAUGGCAUUGUUCCCAUGCUCAUCUCGCCUGUCCAAAGUUUCAUGUGCCUGAAGUGUUGGUAGACAUUUCCCUAACAAACCUUCCCUGUCAGGGGUUAAAGGUGUUGUUGGCAUCCUGAGGGGCCAUCCUGGAUCAUAGGGGUGGUAGAACCCUGUCCCCCUCUAGGGUGUACAGGCUUGGGCUGGAAAGGUUACUCGCCCCCCAACAGAUUGUCUUUUCUGAGUUUCAUUGAUUUCAGCCUCGUCUCUCAUCGAAGCAGACAUGUACUCUGGCCUGAUCCCAGACCUGUCUGACCUUUACCGUUUUCCUCUCGUCCACGUUACCUUUUCUGUUUCCUUCCACAUGUUACCAGAAGACUUUUAAGAGGAUAUUCAGAUUCAGUCGACUUUUAAUCUUGGAAUUCUGUUAGAUGGGUGAUGUUGUGAUGUUUAAAGUGUUACCCGGUAUUAUUGAGAUCUCUUGUCUGUGUCUGUGUCGUCCGUACCAGCAGUAAAUUCUAGAGCUGCUAAAGGUUUAACCCUCCGCAACCGUCACUCUGAACGCACAAACACUCGCCCCUGCCUGCCCGGUGUGAGGACAGGUCGGAAAUCAGAUGCAGAUCGCUGAUCUACACGUACCAGGGUGGACCUCUAUCUGAAUGCUAGACUCCGGGUGCCCCUUCAUUGAUCGCCAUGCUGUGGAGAUCUGUGGUUGUGUGCCGGCGCUGGAUCCAACCAGACGUCACCUUCGUACCUAUACUGUCGUGCUGCACUGUGUGUAAUGUCGAUCAACUUAUGAAAAGCAGCCUUGUUUUGCAUGCGUGUAGUUCAGUGUAAAAUUGAUGUGAGUUGCAUGUCGUUUUAUUUUUUAUUUUUUCUCAAGUUAUUUGAGGUUAAUAAGUGUCAGUUGUGUGGCUUUGGGUAAGUUGUUUUUGUACUGUGCAUUACAAGAACAGAUGUGCUGGGUGAUGCUUAAUGAGUGCCAACUCAAGUUGCCAGUGUUGUACAGCAUUUUAAGGGUCACACAGUUCCAAAUAAACAAUUCUUUGUUUUUUCAGAAAGUUGAAUAUCUGCGUUUUCACAAAGAGACUUUCAUACUUGAUUAGGUGUGUGAGUGUGUGAGAGAGAGACUUACCCAGGCAUAAAACAUAGCUUUGCAUCAUAUAAUUAUCCACAAUCAUCGUCUUAGUUUACGCCUUUUGAAUUACAAAAUUUCUCACACUGCAGUCCCCAGCU